CUCUGUUCUCUCCUCCCUCUCGCAUCUCUCUCAUCCGAGGGACGCCCGCGCGUCGGUGCGGGCCAGGAUGCACAUGUCAGCGCCCCCACUCCUGACACACACAGACAUCCACACCAAGGACAUAACAUAUGAGAGACUGCACGCAAUGGGUGCGGUGUGGCCGAGCGCACCGCGCGUCUAUGGCGGCCUUGACGCGCAUGCAGGCGUCUUCGAGUGGGGUGGCCUCCUUGCCGGCAGUGUGGCCGCACUUCUUGGGCGCCACCUGCACGUCCACGCCUGCACAGGGAUACCCCUGCACCGUCCUCUUGAUGUUGACCGCAUUGCCUGUUGGACCGACGUCGACACACACAAUGUGUGUGUCGUCAUUGUGUGUGUCGUGUGUGCAGAUGGCCGCCUGCAGUGCUUACCAUAUCUGGUGUCGCCAUCAGCGACACACUUGUGACGGCCUCCGUGAUGGCUCGGCAGCCGUCCAGCAUCUCAGAGUAGGCCAGCAUCUGCGCGUCGGGGAAUGAACGUGCACCAGGCACUGAGAAGCCGCUGACAAACGAACAGGGGAACCCCGACGGACAUAGACAGCCCAGCCGCACACACACGAUGGAUGGAUGCAGAUCUCUGCUGCUCUUUCCCUUGAUGCAUCGUACCUUCCUCCUCGACGAUCUGGGCGAGUUGAGGAGCUCACGCAGGCUUUCGGCAGGUCUGGAUUGUCUGUAGGGAGGCCGUGAAAAGCACACACCCAAGCUUGCACACAUCCGACACGGAGGACGCCCCCAUUCUUGUCAUUAUCAAAACAGCCUUUCUCAUCAUGUCGCCCCGUCCCUGUGUUGUUUUGGCUGCCUUCCAUCUGCUGACGUUGCUGAGCUGCCUCCCGGUGACUCUGGGCUGGCGACACCUUCUCCAUCGGCAUGAGCGUUGCCGACGCCAGCCGCGGCUUCCUCCAGAGGGAUGUCCCCCGGUUGUCCCUGAUGUUCUCCUCGGUGGGCGAGCAAACAGACCGGCGCUCCAUCAUCUUCAUCUUGCAUGGAUGCAAUGCCUUUGGUGGCCACCAUGAAUGCAGGAUGCCACGCCCCUACUCACGGACUCAGCCCCAGGGAUGGGGAGCUGCCCUUCCUCUUCCAGGAGUGGCAUCCACAGCAGUGGUCUGCGCCUCUAUGCGUGCUGACAAUGCAUGCAUGCUUUUGUCUAU